CGACACUCUCACAGCGAAACUUCCGUGUCCACUGUAAAGAGAGAUAUGGAAAUCGACGCGUUUACUGUUGCGUCAUACCACAACCCGACCGUAUCCAUGGGCCAGGACGUAACACGCGCAAACACGAAAUAACGAAACACAAAUCUUAAAAUAAAAAUAAAAUCGAAAUGACGUCGCGACAUUAUUUACCACAUCCUUUACCACAUCCUAAACUUGAUAUGAUAACGUCUUGGUGUGGAUUCCCCAACUAUAUAUUUUGGCAGCAGUCGUUCGAGAGAUUUCAUAAGUUCGAGAAUCGAUUACUACUUUGUCAGUAAUAACGCGAAAACAUUAAUAAUGCCGGCAAGUGAUCCGGAUUGUCUCGCAUUCGUGGCGGCGAUUGAGAUUGGCGAGUUUGACAAAGCAAAUCAACUUUUGGCGCGAGACAACGAAAACAAGUUCAUUCAGCCAGUAGGCGUUCUUGAAGUGACGGCUCUGCAAGUAGCUGCUUGGCAAGGAAACAUUGAUUUAUUAAAUCAGCUCAUCAAAAAAGGUGCUGACGUAAAUGGAUUUGACAAAAUCGGCAGAACUGCCCUUUACUAUGCAGCACAUUGCGGCCACGUCGAUGUUACCAAACGACUUCUUGAAUGUAAAGCAGAAAUCAACACCCAAGUCGGAAUCCAUUCCUGUAGCAGAGAUAUGCACUUGGAAUCUACCUCAAUUGGACAAAAUUUACCGUUACCCAUGCGGAGAAGAUCACCACUAAAUCAAGCGGUAAGAAAUAAUCACGCUGACGUCGUGCGCAUUUUAAUCGAAAAUGGUGCACGUGCUGACAUUCGAGACCACCGUUUUACACCUCCGUUGCUACUGGCAGGAAUCGCAGUAAAUACUCGUGAUGAUCCGAAUGAAAUGAAGAAAUUCUUCGAGAUCGUCAAAUUAUUGGUAUCCGCAGGAGCGGAUAUCAACGAAAUUUAUCAAGGAACAGGUACAACGGUGUUGCACCAUGCAACGAUGUAUGGUAGUGUAGAAACGAUUGAACUACUGGUGGCAAAAGGCGCACGGAUAUAUCAGUGCAGCAAGUUUAGAAACACUCCGUUUCAUAUUGCAGCAAGAGCAGGAGACAGCAGGGCACUGUUGGCUUUAUUGAAUACAAAACAACCUUAUUUCAUCGACAUGGGCGACCACAUGAACCGCACAGCUCUUCACAGAGCGGCUUUUCAUGGUCAUCGUAAGUGCGUACAAAUACUGAUUAAUCACGGUGCUAACAUA